CAGCUUCCUGCUGAACAGAUUGAAAGGCUUCGAGAUGCGUUUCAACUAGUGGACCAGGAUAGCGAUGGGACCAUCUCCAAGGAAGAUUUACAGAAGACGUUCAAGUCGAUAUCCGUCGAGAAGAGCGAUCAAGAGAUUGAUUCGAUGCUCGCAUCAGGUGAAGUUGGGUUCACAGAUUUCCUCUCUCUAAUAUCCAAUGAUUUGGCGCAGUUGCCCGAUAAGUCAGACAUUCAAAGCGCCUUACAGGUGUUUUCUUUUGAUUGCGAGGUCAAUAUGGACGAAAUGAGGGAGAGUUUGAAGAACGUUGGCAUGGACACGGAUGAAUUGGACUCCAUAUUGGCGGACUUUGCCAAAGAGCGUAUGGAUGGAGAGAAGGUGUUCAACGGCAAAGAGUUCAUCAGUUAUUUAUCGAAU